AUGUUUCUAGAUGCUAACAUGUCAAAUGAAGUGGAACAAAAACUGAAAGAGAACUUCCCUAAUUCCAUAAAAGAGAAAUUUUUAGCGGAGCUCCACCCGCGCGCGAAGCGCGCGUGCAGACGGAGCUCCAUAGCUAAGGAAAUGUGGUAAUCUACCCAUCCGAGAAAAUUUGGUAAUCACGUGACCGUACGCCCGACCGUCCGUCCGCACCACAGGGAAACCAAUGUUUUCUCUCACACUUUCUAGCUAGUUUGGGAGCCCAGUAGAAAACUAAUUGCACAUCAAUGUUGUGCUCAAUUGACAGCCGUCAAAACAGGAUAUCCGCUGACCAGUGUCACCUGACCGUACCGCGGGCUCAAGUGUCGACCCAUCGAAUUCGAGUACUUUUUUGAAGUUAUCCGCUGACAAAUUACCAGAUUUAAAUGAUCGCAGGCUCAAGUGUAUUUUUUCCAACGAUUCAUAUGAAAUAUGUUUUGUUUUUAUGUCACUAUGGCCCCGCACUGUCAAGAUUUUGAUUUCAAACUGACCUCGGACGCGAAAAUUCAGCCACUUUUUUAAAAAUAAAGGCGGGGAAGACCUUUUCUUACCAUGGUCACGCGUUGGUCACGCUCUACGUCCAAUUUUUGUACUCUGAUUGGUCAAAAUUUGACAGGUGAGUUCAUGCGGAAAAUUUAUGCAGCAUCUUGAAAGUUGUUUACUUUGACAGGUAAAGCUGACAGAGUUUUGUGUCAACUUGUGAUGUUUUUAACUGUCUUUUUCCACUGGAUGUACAAAAUGAAAUACAGCUGCUAUCAAGAGUCUUCUGUUAUCCAUGGCUGGUUUGUUUAUUGGGUUUUUGGUUGAGAAAUGCGUCGCUUGUCAAAAUUGGGUAAUCCGAUUUCGGAUGGCAUUGUUUUCGUCUUUCACCUUGCUCAAUGCGUAAGAGGGUUUAAAAGUCUCAAGCAACUAUGGCCUUCCUUGAUAUCUUUCAGGAACUGAAUCUCGAAUGGUAAGCCUGAGUAAUUAUUGUAUUUGAUGUUUGUUUUUGUUAUAUCUAAUUUCAUGAAGUCUAGCACAGUUUAUGCGGCAAGUUUUUGCUCGUUUGUUAAGAUUUGAGUCAAUGAUCUGAUCUAGUAUUAGGUUUGAUAUAAGCUUACAGAACUUUAAAAGGCCUUCAGAUUUUUUUUUUCACGACAAAUAGAAAAAAAACGUUCCGAAGAAUAUUUAGUUACAAAUUUAGCAGUAGAAAGAAAACUCUGAGUGAUUUUCUUGCUUCGAGGAGUUCAUCUUUGAAAAACAAAACAAACACCGGGAGGCUGGCUGAAAGUAAAACAAAAUAAACCUAAGCUUAAGCUUUAAGCUUAAAGACUCAGAAUUUUUAGAGACACUUUAAUACUUGUCUUCGUGAAUGAAAAUUGUUGUCUCUGUAAAUGUUUUACCGAAUUAUAUUUCUUUUAUUGAUUGUUAGUAGUCUCUCUUGCAAUUUAAAUCGCUUGUCCGUGGUGUUUGUUUUCAUCGUUCAUGAACAUCGCUUGCAGGAGUACUUAGAAAUGUCGCGCGUAUCAAACGCUUUAUAACAUUACACAUCGUUAUAACUGGAACCAUUAAAUAACAAAAAGUGGUGAUAAUAAAUUCGUUAUUAUGUUGAAGCGUAUCUCCAUUAAAGUUCAUUCAAACACUCCACCACACUGACAGGUCGCACUAAAAAUGAGAACCGGCUGGCCGUAUGGGUGAUUUAGGAAAUUUUUUGAACGGUUUCGCUAAAAGCCCACGAUUGAUCGUCCUGGACAUUGAAAAAUUGUGAAAUGCCGUAUUCUGCCCGAGGUCUGUAUGAUAAAAAGUACUGUUUCACCUCAGGUGUGAUGUAUAAAAAGUAUAAAAGGUUGGUUUACACACCCUCAGAUUUGUUGGCAAGGAUUUGUAAAGUAAACCUGUCGAACGCAAAACAAUGCGGCCUGAUUUGUUUUCCAAGAAUUUGUUUUCGAGGCCUAAUCUACUGUGAUCAAGAGCCAUUAUGGCUAUUGAAUGUGAUAGAAGAUGUUUGCUAUUUUUUGGCUGUACAUAUAUUUAGGCUAUCAACUCGAUGUAAGAUCUUUCACUCUAAAAUAACUUAUCCUUUCCCUCAAAAGUCACAUGAAUGUGCCCUUAAGUUAACUGAUUUGUGGAUUACAAGUUUAUUGUUUGAUUUAAAAUAUAAAUUUAUUAAUGGGAGCUUCGCUUUUAGCCCUGGCUAAAUCUAUAUAUUAAGGUAACUUCAAUAUUUAAACCAAAAAAUCGAUAAGUAAAAAGUAUGUCAGUAUUUUAAUUUGGGUGACUAUGAUAAAAACACACGAAGAACACACAAAAUGGCUUUGUCAUCAAUAAUACCUCCUUAUUUCACGUUUUAAGGAACCAGCAGUUACUCUUGAGAAUUGCCGUAAUCCCGGCAAAUUGAAAAGGGCCGGUAUUUAGACAUUUGGCCGUGAUAUAAUUAUAUCUGUUAAGAAAAGGGGUCCUUAGCAAUUAUUUCAGGAAACAAAACCAAAACGGUAUUAAAUAUUUUAUUAUUUUGUUUCCAAGGCACUGGUAUUUCGUUUAACUAAUACGCAUUAAAAGCGUUCAACUUUAUUUAAACUUAUUCUCUACGCUCAAGUAGCUUCUCUAAGCUUCCCUCUGAAUAAUGAUUGGAAAAGUCGUAAAAUAAACUAACUAAAACGCCAAUCCAUUUGUUUAGAAAUGCUGGGCCAUUCUGUUUAUCCUGACAGCUGAGCAAAUGUACGGGAGCGGGGAGGGGCACUCAACAAAGUCUUAUGGGUACACUCCGCCCCAUGGUCCAAUCCUCUAUAUUUUUAACAUAAUUAUACAUUUUUUUACAGCAAAGGUACCCCUUGGUACCCCUUUUACAUACCUAGGUUAGAACUUUUGCAUCUUUGUUGUCUUUCAAAUAUAUAUCAAUCACCUAACAAAAUGUUUUCUCAACUUUUAAGAGCCAGAAAAUGUAGAUGUUAGCCCUUUUGAGCCUUUUUACAGACCGGAAUGACUGAUUUCCCUAUAUACCCUUUCAUAUUAUGUGAAGCCAGAAAGAGGUUCUUCUAUCGGGCGAAGUCUCCCCGCAAAGGCCACUGUAUGAAGUACCCCCGGGGAAUACCGCCUGCUCUUUAUAAGCAAUAUCACCUCCUCCGACAUCAAAAGAAAGCUAAUUGUGUUCUGUCUUCAGGUUAAUGUUCAGAGUUAAUGUUAGUAUUCAACAUGAAGACUUUUGCUCGCGUUAUCAUCAUCGUGUUUUUGCUAACUACAGUCAGUUCGACCUUCAGAGGUAAGGUUCUAACACAUUGUAUUCCUUUGCUGGCUAUUCUAAAUACCUGGCUUUGCAGGGUCAUGGGUUUCGUCUUCGGAGAAUUCCCAUUAGAAAGAGACGGGGAUGAUUAACAGAAAAUUAGAAAGAGAGUGAAAAAUCUCUCAUUCUGCUUCGAUCCCCUGAACGAGACCAAUCUGAGCCUAAAGGAGAGCGUACUCGAACACAAUAUGACGACGUUUGUUUCCUUUCAGGAUACUUACGCACAACCCUAAGAAAUACCUUCACUGGCAAAAAUAUAGGCGUUCGACCCUUCGUUUCGACAAAAAAAUCUGCAACUUUUAGCUAUAAGCGAGGCGACGUCAUUUUCAUAUGGGAGACCAUACGGGGUUUCUGUUUAUGUUUUCAAUGAGAAAUCACACUAGAUCAUGUACCUACGUAGCUUUUUUUAGUAAUCUGUUAAGGGCCAUGUUUAUCCUACAAAGAACAAAUUUUGUGUCCACAAAGAAUAUCGACAACUGUGUUCUUUUGUUUCUGUAUGUUUUGCCGAUAGAUGACCAAGCUGAAGUCAGAAGAAAUGCAGAUAUACAAGUACCAGAGGGAUGUCAUUGGCCUUCUCAUUAUAUUGAAUGUAUGAUGGAGGAGAAGAAAAAAGAUCACCUGAUUAUUAUGAUCUUGAAGGCAUCUGUUACGAACUUGCCUGUACAUAGAGACGGGUGCCUGAGGUAU